AUAAUGCAGGAUAGGUCGAGACAAAAGGAUCAAGGAAUCUCUCUUGCAACUAACAGUUUUACAUUUGAGGAUUGUGUUUAUUUAAGUAAAAUACUUAGUGUUAAAUAUGGUCUAAAGACUAGUGUUGUAAAAGUAGGACAUAUAGAUCAAUGA